AUGAAAGUAACAACGAAUUAUAUAUCAUGUGCGUCAAAUUGUCAACCUCGUGCAAUAGAUUGGUGCCGAAAUAAUAACAUAAUUUGUUACGCGAGUUCCAAUUCCGUUGUAAUAUACGACCCCGAUUAUUUAGAAACUGGCCGAGUAAUUGACAAACUUGAGAAGCAUGAGAGUCAAGUUAAAGUAGUUGAGUGGAUCUAUGAAAAUAAUAGUGAUGAUUGCUCAGCACCUAAAAUUUUAUCAGCUUCACUGGACGGUAAAAUAAUAAUCUGGAGGGAAUCUGUCACCAAACAUUACAAGCCAAAUAUUAUCGUUUCCUUAGACAGUGAUUUGUCAACAGCACACGCAGCUUAUUGGCCUAAUCCUGAUUCCUCAACAAGUAAGAAAAAUAAUUUAUUGAUAGCCGGAUCAUCAUUUAAAGGCGAGUUUAAAAUAUGGUACCAUCAAUCAUUGACUUUCCUUCACCAGGAAUUGGAUUUAAAAAAAAAAAUUCCAAACGAAAUAAAAAUCUCAUCAUUGCCAGGUGAAAAAUCAAUUCCAGUGAUAAUAAUGUGUCUUGAUGACGCAACAAUUCAUCUUUACACUUGUAAUCCCAGUUCGCUCAAUAAAAAUAGCCCGGAAUUAAAUUUCAAUCAUACAAUUGAGUUACGCGGCCAUCAAGACUGGAUCCAGUGUCUUGAUAUUGUCAAAUAUAAUUCCAAUGAAGCUUUUAUGGCCAGUGGGUCUCAAGACGGCACCAUAAGACUCUGGAAAAUCUCAUCAAUCCCCCCAGAAGCUGUUGAUGAAGAGCAGCGGUAUCAAUUCAAGGUAGAUGAUGAUAAUUUUGAUAUUUCUUUAGAGUCAGUGCUCACUGGACAUGAUCACUGGGUCAACGGAGUCCACUGGUCGCCUGACAAUAAAAAUCCUUUGAAACUACUCUCAAGCGGGUUGGACCAAACGAUUAUCAUUUGGGAGCCGAGUCCGAGUGGUGUUUGGGUUGAAACAGUUAAACUGGGCAAAGUCGGUGGUAACUCUCUAGGUUUUUACGGGUGCAAAUUUAACUCCGACGGGUCUUCAGUACUAGCCCAGGGGUACCAAGGUACCUUCCACUUGUGGAGAUACAAUGAAGAAAUUAAAAAAUGGUACCCACGUUCGGGACCAACCGGACACUUCAGCGAAGUGACUGACUUGCAUUGGGAACCACGGGGGAAGUAUUUGCUAACUACAAGCUUGGACCAGACGACAAGAAUUCACGUACCAUGGCCUUGUAAAAAAUCAUCAUCAAUGACACUAAAUUGGCAUGAAAUUGCACGCCCACAAAUUCACGGGUAUGAUAUUAAUUGUUUAACAAUAUUAAACUCGACAAUGUUCUGCUCUGGCGCUGAUGAGAAAGUCAUACGGGUUUUUAAAGCACCAGCUGGAUUUUCUGAAGCUCUGACUGCUGAAGAUUGGAGCAAGGCGUUGAAUAUGACUGAUUCAAGCGCUUCAGUUCCAGCAUUGGGACUGACUAAUAAAACCAGCCAGGAGCAACAUCAGUAUUUAAAUACUUCUGAUAUUAAUGAGCUUGAUAAUAAUGAUGGUAAUUUUAUUAAAAGACCACCGACUGAAGAAGAAAUAAUAAGAUACACCUUGUGGCCCGAGUUGGAAAAAUUGUACGGGCAUGGGUAUGAAUUAUUUUCAAUAGCAGCUCGCAGUGAUGGAAAAUUGAUAGCGACUGGUUGUAAGUCGACGUCGCCUGAACACUCGGCUAUCAUUUUAUGGAGCACCGAGACCUGGGCACAAAUAGGUAAGCUGAUGAGUCAUCGGCUUACUGUGACACAGCUUGAAUUUUCUCCCGAUGGAAAAUAUUUACUAUCGGUGUCGCGGGACAGACGCUGGAGUCUUUUCGAAGCUGAUUCAUCGGGUGAUAAUUUAAGUUAUAAUUUAGUAGCUUGUUCACCAGCUAAAUCACUUCACACGAGGAUUAUUUGGUGCUGCAGCUGGAGUCAUGACUCUAAAUACUUUGCGACCGGGUCACGUGAUGGUAAAGUUGGACUUUGGAAAGUUGAUCAACUUGGAAAUAAUCAAAAUAUUUUACCCGUUGAAUCAUUAGAAUUUCCGGAUGCUUCUGUAACCGCUCUAGAUUUUUACAAUGAUUUUAUUAAUGAUUCCUAUGUCUUGGCUAUUGGUUGUGAGGAUGGUACCAUUCAAUUGCAGACAAUACCACAACAAUUUUUCGAUCGUAAGAUGUAUAAUAUAGAGAGUGAAUGGGUUUGUUGGAUAAAACUUGAUAAUACAGAAGCUCAUCAUAAAACUGUUAAAAGAUUAGCAUUUAGACCGACGAUUAAAAAUAAUAAUUGCGAUAUUGAAUUAGCAAGUUGUGGAGCUGACAAAGCUGUCAAAAUUUAUAAUUUUCAUUUAUUGUAA